AUGGAUCUAAGCGCGUUUCCAUCCAAACAAACCGCCAUCAUUGAAGAUGAGAAUGGGAAGCCUGUACUGGUGCACGAUGCGCCCCUGCCGAGUCUCGAGCGCGGCACACUUUUGGUCAAGACAGUCGCCGUGGCACUCAAUCCCAGCGAUUACAAAAUGGGUUUGGCCUAUCCCAGCCCAGGUGCAUUGAUGGGGGGGGAUUUCGCGGGCCACAUUGUAGCCAUAGACCCAGAGGCCGAAGCAGAGCGUCCUGACCUGCGAGUCGGUGACGCAGUAUGCGGUGUUGUGCAUGGAUCCAACCCCGAGAGCCAUGAGGACGGAAGCUUUGCAGAAUAUGUGCGUGUUCUAGCCCACCUGGUGCUAAGGGUUCCGUCGGAGAUGUCUCUCACAGGUGCAGUGACGUUGGGGGCUGCAUUAUUGACCAGCAGUAUUGCCCUCUGGGAUGCUCUUCAAAUUACAGCCACUCCUGAGUCUCCUGCUAAGGAUCCAUUUCCGGUGUUGGUUUUUGGCGGCAGUACAUCCUCUGGUACAAUGGCUAUUCAGUUAUUGAAACUGUCUGGGAUUGAACCAGUUGCUACAUGCUCUCCUCACAAUUUUGAUCUUGUCAAGUCAUUUGGUGCCAGUUCUGUGUAUGACUAUACCAUACCAGGCGUUGCCAAAACAAUUAAAACGGAUACCAAUGGCCGCCUGCGACACGCUCUUGACUGCAUCUCGGAUGCGGCAUCAACGGCGUGUUGUCUUGCCGCCCUUGGGAGGGUGGGCUGUCGAUGUGCAUCGUUAGAAGUGCCUCGAGAGGAGUGGAAGACUCGGAAAGUCGUUAAACAUGAGUUUGUGAUGUGUCCGGAAGGAAUGGGGAAAGAGUUAGCUCUUGACGGGGAGUACAAGCGGCCGGCAAGUCGUGCCAAGCGUGACUUAGCAGCCAAGAUGUUUCUAGUCUUCCAAAAGCUUCUGGAUGAGAAGAAACUGAAGACGCACUCGGUCGAAAUACUCGGACAGGGGCUCGAGAAUGUAAUUGGAGGGUUAAAAAGAUUGAAGUCGGGGACGGUAUCUGGCAAGAAAUUGGUUGUAUUGCUUUAG